UUGAAGCCUAUGGGAUGGCUUUAGGGCUCUGCCCCUCGCUUUUGGCUCUCUCUCUCUCUCUUUCUCAUUCUCUCUCGUGCUUUGAUCUCUGCUUAACAACAGUAACGUCACAGGGACUAUACAGGAGAGUUUUGUUGGAAGUUAGAAAGUUUUUCAGCCUCCAGAGGGCUGUAGCGGCAGUAGCAGCAGCAGCAUCCAAGGGACUCCUGGAAGGGGAAGAGAGAGAGCGAGCGAGAGACUGACUCAGUCCUUGAGGAACUGACUCGAGACGAAGGAGGCAGACAUGGAACAUCAGCUGCUGUGCUGCGAGGUGGAGACCAUCCGACGAGCCUACCUGGACGCCAACCUGCUCAAUGACAGGGUGCUGCAGACCAUGCUGAAGGCGGAGGAGACCUGCUCGCCCUCGGUGUCCUACUUCAAGUGCGUGCAGAAGGAAAUCCUGCCAUAUAUGAGGAAAAUAGUCGCCACUUGGAUGCUGGAGGUCUGCGAGGAGCAGAAGUGCGAAGAGGAAGUUUUCCCCUUGGCGAUGAAUUAUUUGGACAGAUUUUUGUCUUUCGAACCCCUCAAGAAAAGCCGGUUGCAAUUGCUCGGAGCUACCUGCAUGUUUGUGGCUUCCAAAAUGAAGGAAACGAUUCCUCUGACCGCGGAAAAACUGUGCAUUUACACCGACAACUCCAUCAGACCCGACGAGUUACUGCAAAUGGAGCUGCUGCUGGUGAAUAAGCUGAAAUGGAAUCUGGCUGCAAUGACCCCCCACGAUUUCAUUGAACAUUUCCUCACUAAAAUGCCUCUGGCAGAGGACACCAAACAGAUCAUCCGUAAACAUGCUCAGACUUUUGUGGCUCUGUGCGCUACAGAUGUUAAAUUUAUUUCAAACCCACCUUCCAUGAUCGCAGCUGGCAGUGUGGUAGCAGCUGUGCAAGGCCUGCAUCUGGGGAACACUAACACUUUCCUCUCCUAUCAAUGCCUCACACAUUUCCUAUCACAAGUUAUCAAAUGUGAUCCGGAUUGUUUACGAGCCUGCCAAGAACAGAUUGAAUCCCUCCUUGAAUCCAGUCUACGCCAGGCACAGCAGCACAACGUAUCUUCAGAAACAAAGACUGUAGAGGACGAAGCAGACCUUUCCUGCACACCCACUGAUGUGCGAGAUGUGAACAUUUAAGAGGACUUCUUCUAGUGGGUUUGCUUGGCAAGAGAAGCAAAGAAAGGGCAUCUGAGAAGGAAUCAGCAUCGGGAUCUCCCCCACAGAAACCCUUUUCUCCAGGACAUUUUUAUACCAGAAGGGAAAACCAGUCUUGUUAUAUUUUACCUUGCUCUGUCUCCCUUCCAUCUGUGACUUCAAACAAACAAAUAAACAAAAAAUACCCCAAAAACUGUCUUAAAAAAGGAAAAAAAAAUAGUAUUUGCAUUGCCCCCAGGGGUUUGUGCUACAAAAAUAGAGGAUUUUAUACAAUAAUAAUCAACUAGUUUUUAUAUUAAAGUGUUCUUGUCUGUAUGUUGUAAAAAUAGGCAUUAACACACAAAAUGUCUCCAGGGGAGGUAUUAGAUUUGAUUUCUUACGUAUAAAAUGAACCAACCAACCAACCAUUUUUAAAGUAGAAGAGGGUUUUUUUAGAUAGUAAAUGAAAUAUUCUUUUGUUUUUGUUUUUGUUUUCUUUAAAAAGCAUAACUUUAACGCAGUUCUAGGCUUUUCUGUAUCUUGCUUGCUUAUGCAUUUAGUCACUUUAUAAUUCAUCUGUAAAUGUUUAUUUUAUUUCCUUAGGUUGUUUUUUUUUUAUCCUCUUCACCUUAUAAAUGGUUAACGUAACCCAUAAGUUAGUGUAUGUUAGUAUACAGCAUUAUUAUAUGUUAAUCUUUUUUUUUUUUUUUUUUUUGUGCCUGUGGAUUGCCUGUGCAUUUGUAGGGUUCCAGCUUAGCGUUGUUGGGAAAGGCCAAUGUACUACUCAUACGAUACUCUAUUAUAAAGAGAAACCGAAAUAGUGACAUAAUAUAUUAUAUUUUUGUAAUCUUCAUAUUUUUGUAGUUACCUGUGUAAAAAUGCUGGUCUGACCCCACAGAUAUUCAGCCUAAUUAUGGUCAGGUUCAAUCCACAGCUUAGUCUUUUUUUUGUUUGUUUGUAAUAUUCUAAAACCAUUCCAUUCAAAGCACUUUCAGUCCAUUAGAUAUAGGAAAUACAUUCUUUUAUUGUGUGGGAAUUGUUUUGUUGGUUUUUUUUGUUUUGUUUUGUUUUUUUGUUUGUUUUUGUUUUAUUUUUUGGUGGGUUUUUUUUGUUGUUUUUUUUUUUUUUUUUUUUUUUUUAAUGGAAUGGUUUGGAAAUAUAUUAAGUGCUUGUUGGCAAACUCAGAAUUGCAAAGCAAGUGCAUUUAACUAUGGUGUUAGAGGAAAGGUGAUUUUUCUUUAUCCGAAGGUUGUGUUCCAGUGAGAGAAAUUGCAUUCACAAAUUGCCAGGAUAUCUUCCUAUCCUUUUCUAUAGAAAAGUUGAAGUUUAGAAAUCCUUUGGUGCCAACACAUGGUUAUGAAUUAGGGGCCUUAAAGGUUCACGUAUAGGACGCAUAGUUUUAAGGACUGUCUCUAGAUGUUUUGCAACUGAAGGUUUUUAAACACUAAAAUAUAUAAUUUAUAGUUAAGGCUAAAAAGAAUAUUUAUUGCAGAGGAUGUUCGUAAGGCCAGUAUGAUUUGUAAAGUAAUGCAAUCGCCCCUUUCUGAAAUAAGAAAAAAAAAGAAUCGUUCUACCCUUGCUGUCACAGUUUUAACGCAGCUUAUGAAAGAAAAAGGACACGCUUCAGAGAACAAACCCAAAACCAAGCAGUCUAUUUGGCCCCUCAGACAUUUUCAAUAGCAAGCUAACCACGAUAAAAAAACGCCAUAGUUAAUAGAUAUGAAAAUUGGAGUACUUGAAAGAAGUUCUUAUUCCAGUAUAUGCCCCAUGGUUGUUGUUUUGUUUUUUUAUUUAGCUACAAAUAGAAAAUUUGCACAUCUUGGCUAUGUAUCUUUUUAUUAUUAUUUUAGGAAGUAGCUGAAGGGACGUGGACAUAGCUGUUGAAGUUGAUGCUCGAGGAGAAUGUGAUGGUGAAAUGUAUGUGAGGAAACUGCCGCUAAGGUGUUGAUUGUAAAAAUCAGACGAAACAAACGCAUUAAAAAAAAGAAAAAAGAAAAAGAAAAAGAAAAAAAAAAAAAAGAAAAAAGGAAAAAAAAGAUAAAAAAAAAAAAAGAGAAAAGGAGUGGAUGCUCCAUUUUUAUUGAGCUGCUAUGGAUAAAUUCCCAGCAUGGUUUGAGAAAAAAAGAAAAAA